GCUCUUCCUCUUUCUCUCCCCUAAUUAUAGGCUUAUGGCUCAACGGUUGACGCCACCUUUUCCUUCUUUCUCUUUCUCUCCCUCCUCUUCUCUCCCUCCCAAACAUUUCUCCGCACACGGAAACCCAAUUUGAAUCCUCAAUUGGUUAUGGUUCUCCUCUUCUCAAACUAGGGUUUCGCAUUGAUCGCAGCAAAUCGAUCGAUCAAUCGAUCGACCUAGUCCAUGGGCGAGGAGUCGUUCUCGUCGUCAUCGUCGUCGUCGUCCCCGGCGGAGUCGGUCCUGGAGACACCAGGGCAGUCGCUCAUGGCGACCCCGGCGGGGUCGUUCCGGGACGCGGACGAGGGGACGCCGCUCGCCGCCGUGGCAGAGGCCUUCGAGGAGCUCGCGCGCUCCCUCCGCGGCGGCGGCGGCGAGGAGGGUGGGGACGGAGGGCUCCGCCUCGCCCCCUUCGUCGACGCGUGCUCCCUCGUCUCCGUCCUCUUCGGUUGCCUAGGGUUCGCAUUCAAGUUCGCGGAGAUGGAGUACGUCGCCAAGGUUAAUGACCUAAUCGAAGCAUCAAAGGCAUAUGAGACAUUGAUCCAUAUUAUUGAUCAUGACAUAAAAAAUGAUAGUGUCAGAAGGCAAGGAAGCCAUUCACGUAAUUUGCGCAGAGUCAGGCUGGGCCUUGACCUCAUCAGAGCUUUGUUUGAGCAAUUUCUAUCUACAAAUGAAUGCUCAUUAAAAGAUGCUGCAUCUACCGCUUAUGGACAAGUUUGUGCACCAUUCCAUAACUGGGCUAUCAGGAAGACUGUUUCUGCUGGAAUGUAUGCUCUUCCAACUAGGGAACAAUUGAUAUCGAGAUUAAAUGAAACAGAUUACUCUGUACAGAAGGAAAUGCAAAGAUACAUUAACGCCUCUAGCCCCAUUAUACAGUACAUCGACGAUCUUUUCCUCUCCAGGAAUAUUGCCCUAGACUGGUGAAAGCAGAGGAAGAGCAUAUCGAACAAAGACCUCAAGAAACUAUAAACAUUGAUCCCCAAUUUGUUGUAUUUGUCUCCACCAUUUCUUAACUACGGCAGAUUCGCUGUCCCUCUCUUUUAAUUUCUCUAUUCUUUCAGGGGGUGUUUCAGGGGGGUAUUGUAUCUUGUGCAUCAUUGUGUAGUAACAGGCAUUACUCUCCCUGCUUGUUUCUCCAGAUUGGAUGUCACAAAAUGGAGAAACUAGUGGAGGAGGAAGAGAUUGGAGAGGUUUCAUUUAUAGGUGCAUUCGGAAACCGGUGGUGCUUUUAUUUAUUUUGAUUGACUUUGGAUGGUAAAUCCUCUGGGAACGAAUAAUAGCAUAACCAUCUGUUAGAUUC